AUGGCGGCGGCUUUCCGACCUGUCAACGAACCCCUCGCCUCAGAACCCGCCGCCACCAACAAAUGCGGAGCGGACGUCAUGACGCCAUCACCACCCACCCCCCGACCCAGCACCGAUCCUCAUCAUCAACAUCACCACCACGCCGCCGCCGCCGACGACGACGACCGCAGCAACAGUAGUAACCUGCCUGGCGACGGUAAGACGCCCACCCGGUCCACCUUCAGCCCCGGCAUCACCGGCCAGCAGCCUUUGCCCUCGAGUCCCUUUUCAUCCAACAACAUGGCCAACACCGCGACCCCUAAGACCCAUAACGACUCCCAUUCUCAUGCCCAUCGUCGGCGAGACUCCAUGGACGUCGACAUGGACGACUCUGACGGUGAGGGCCACCACGAUGACGGUGCUCCCUCUGACGACGAUAGCCUCAACGCCGAUGGCUCCAAAACCGGCCGCAAGAAGAAACUCGAUAAUCUGAGGCAGCAUGCUCAGACGGUCCACGUCAACGAGGACAUCCCCAUGGAUUCGCUCGCCGCCACCGGUUCCAGGUUCCAGCGCCACUUGCGUACCGAGCGUGUUCGUCAGGCUGGCAACAGGGCCAGGGCCUCGAAAUCGGGCAGUGCUGGUGGUCCGCCGAGGGGUCACUCGAAGUCGCUGUCGACGUCGAGUAUCAACAGCAUCGGAUCCGUCGCCCCGACCUACAGCACAGCCGCCGACGCCCGCCACCGCCCUCCCCCGCUCGUCAUGGCCGAUCCUCGGAGUCGACCCGCCGAUCCCUACCGCAGCAGCGAUGGACAUUACCAGUACCGACCUCCGUCUCCGAGUGAGUUUGGCACCCCCACCUCGGCCACCUUCUCGACCGGUCAGGGCAGCCCGCGGUGGUCGGGCAUGGGCUCGCCUACCUCGUCGCAUUCACGCUCCCAGAGCAUGUACUCGUCCGGCGCCCGCACUCCCGGCCGCCGCCUGAGCGUCCCGUCUGCCGUCCACGUCUUCCAGUCUCCUCCCGGCCCCAUCCCGGCUCGACCCAUGUUUGGUGGAUCGGGCCCGAUGAACACGUCCAACAACGGCGCCUUCGCCUCGGCCGCUCCCGGCAACAUCGCUGCCUCCCCGACGCUGGGCGCGGGCAUGUCGACCCGCCGCGAUUCGACGUCCAGCGCGUCCGAGGAUGCCUGGAGGCGACGCACCUGGCACCCUGACAGCCGAAUGCACGCCCAGAAUCAGCUCAGCAACGUGGCCAACCAGAGCUCCAUGCGACCAAACCCGCCCCCGCCCAUCGCCAACCGGUCCAACACGCAGUCGACCCUCCAACUGCCGGGCAUCGAGUCGUUUGACCAGCCCAACCGCCAUCACGGCGGCGGCCCUAUGACCCCGCCGAGGCAGCACCACUCGCCCAUGCUGCUGGAUUCUCAGCAGCCCCGGCCCCGCGAGAUGGACGAGCGCCGCAACCUCAACGCAUACGACGCCAGCAUCCAGCGUGGUCUCAACCGCCUCGACAUUGGCCCCAACACGCCGCCCCGCGAGCGAGCCGCCGCCUGGCUCGCCGACGUCAGCAAGACACACGCCCAGCUGGAGAGCGCCCGCACGAACCCGUCCAUUGUGCGCUUCGAGGGUCAGCCGCCACCUUCGUACGCUACCGGACCGCCCGUCAGCGGUGCCGGACGCGGCCGCAGCCUGCACCAGCACACCAUGUCGGCCCCCUCGAUGGUGACGUCGAGGGAGAGCAAACGCCGAGGCUGGUACAAUGGACCCUUGACGGUGCAUCAGGAGGAGGACCAGCAGCAGCAGCAGCAGCAGCAGCAACGACCUGCCGCAGAUCCUCGCGUGGCUAGG